AUGCUCGGCGGGAAUCUUUACACUGCACCACUGGAAUCACCAAAGAGAAUUCUCGAUGUCGGUACUGGGACAGGCAUAUGGGCAAUGGACAUGGCCGACAAGUUUCCCAACGCUGAGGUUAUUGGGACCGAUCUCUCGCCCAUACAACCUGAAUGGGUUCCACCGAACGUCCGCUUCGAAAUCGACGACGCAGAGAGCGAGUGGACAUAUGGAGAAAACCAUUUCGACUAUAUUCACAUCCGCUGUCUUUUCGGCGCUAUUUCCGACUGGCCCACGCUGAUUGAACAAGCCUACAAACAACUUGCACCAGGAGGCUGGAUCGAAAUCUCUGAGGCCAAACUACCAUACGACUGCGAUGACGGAACGUUGCCGGAGAAUAGUUAUCUGAAUCGGUGGGCGCAGUAUGCAAUUGAGGCCGGGGAAGAGAUUGGAAAGCCGUUCGACAUCACGGACAAGAUUGGACGCUGGCUGGUGGACAGUGGGUUUGAAAAUAUCACGCAGAAGUACUACAAGACGCCAAUUGGGCCUUGGGAGAGAGACCCCCAUUUGAGGGAGAUUGGAAGAUACAAUCUGUUAAAUCUGUUGGAGGGGAUGGAUGGAUUUACGACAGCAUUGUUUACAAGAUACCUGGGGUGGAAUCGCACUGAAGUCCAGGCAUAUUAUGGAAAUCUCCGUCAGGAAAUAACAAAUCCCGAAAUCCACUCAUACUUCAAAACAUUCUACUGGAUUGGACAGAAGCCAACCACUAAUCGCCACACAAGGACAUAA